AUGCUUCUCCUAGACUACCACAACGUUCUCAUCCACACUCUCCUGACGGAGCGGUUCUCUGGAGCCCCGCCCGCGUCAGUCGAUCAGGUCGUCUCAGAUUUCGACGGAGUUACGUUUCAUUUGUCGACACCCGAGUCCAAGACUCAGAUCCUCAUCUCCAUCAACGUGAAAUGCUUCCGCGAGCUGGUUCAGUAUGGGGCGCAGGAGGUGCUGGAAAGGGAAUACGGAUCUUACAUUGUCGCUCCGGAGCCCGGCUAUGACUUCUCGGUUCUAAUUGAUUUGGAAAACCUCCCCGCCGAACAAGAGGCGAGAGACGAACUCGUCAUGCGCCUUGCUCUGAUGAAGCGCAAUGCUAUGGCUGCCCCGUUCGAGAGGGCUUUCGAUGAGUUCGCUAAGCUCUCCGAAGAAGCCUCGAAAUACACCUCUGAAUCAGCUCCCCAAGGCAUCAAGGAAGGGGGUGAGGUGAUGGCCAUCCAUUACCGAGAGGAGGAAGCCUUCUACAUCAAGGCCAACAAUGACCGAGUCACCGUCAUCUUCAGCACCGUCUUCCGGGAAGAAACCGACCGAAUCUUUGGCAAGGUGUUCUUGCAAGAGUUUGUUGAUGCCAGACGGCGUGUUCUGACCCUGCAGAACGCUCCUCAGGUGCUGUUCAGAAACGACCCUCCCCUUGAACUCGAGGGUGUCCCCGGCCUGCAGGAUCCCGGUGACGGCACGAUGAGCUAUGUCACUUUUGUUCUUUUCCCUCGUCACCUGACGCCCCAACGGCGUUACGAAAACAUCUCCCAUAUUCAGAUUUUCCGAGACUAUUUCCAUUACCACAUCAAGGCCUCCAAGGCCUACAUCCACACUCGAAUGCGCAAGAGGACGGCAGACUUCCUUCAAGUACUCAACCGAGCUCGGCCGGAGAACGAGGAGCGGGAGAGGAAGACUGCCAGCGGUCGUACCUUCAGGGUGCAGGGAUAG